AUGAAGCUGACUCGGAGGUCUCGUAGCCUUUCUUUCUUUCUUUCUUUCUUUCUUUCUUUCUUUCUUUCUUUCUUUCUUUUUUCUUUCUUUCUUUUUUUCUCCUGUCCUUUCUUUCUUUCUUUCUUUCUUUCUUUCUUUCUUUCUUUCUUUUCUUUCUUUUGCCUCCUCUCCCUUUCUUUCUUUCUUUCUUUCUUUCUUUCUUUCUUUCUUUCUUUCUUUUGCCUCCACUCUCCCUUUCUUUCUUUCUUUCUUUCUUUCUUUCUUUCUUUCUUUCUUUCUUUCUUUCUUUCUUUUGCCUCCACUCUCCCUUUCUUUCUUUCUUUCUUUCUUUCUUUCUUUCUUUCUUUCUUUUGUUUAUUCAUUGGAUGUUUCUUCUUUUUUUUCACAAAUGAAUUUUUUUUUGACUUGCCACCGCAUUCGUUUGCUGGACCGCUUUCUCUUGUAAUAUCCCAACCGCGAUGCCCUACGGCGAUCCGCCAACACGACGAAGAAUGCCCACUUGGCGACUACGCGGGGCGCCCCAGGCGAAUGUAUUCUCCGGAUAUGAACUUCUUCUCGCAGUCCAUUUUCCCUAAAAUUGUUGCAUGCGUAAUCUAUCUAUCUAUCUAUCUAUCUAUCUAUCUAUCUAUAAAGGCCGAUUUCAUUUAG